AUGAACGACGACGCGAUUGAUGCGGUCAGUGACUUGUCCGUGCAUGCCCAUGCGUUGCUGAAGGAAGCUGCUAAGUGGACCAGCGCCGUGUCUGUGACACUGAGCAAGUUGCGCUCGGCCUCUGCAAGUUCACGUCCGCAGCUGAGCCAAGACACGGAGGCCGCCGGCGGCAGAUACCCCUCGUUGCAACUUGAGAUAGCCCGAUUGCGCGAGAAGGCCGCACAAUCUACCGAGUCCAUGCGCAUGAUGGAGGCACGCGCGGAACAAGCAGAAGCGAAAGCGCUCAAGCUGGAAAAGGCUCACCACAACUUGUCUGUCAAGUACAUGCGGGUCAAGAACGAACGCAAUGCGAGUAUCCAUCGGUUUUGGAACUGGGUCGGCUGCCACGUCAGUGUCGUUGGCCUUGAGUACGCGUUGCUGCUGACCCAAGCAUGGGGCUACGAGUGUGGUUGGGACAGUAGCAACCGAACCAGCAACUCAAACUUGCAAGAUGGGAAUGAAGAACAGUGUAGGCGCCUACUGGACGAGUUCAAGGCGUCGUCUGGGGUGUUUGUCUUGCCCACUCCACCUGCAACACCUUCAGCUCCAUUGCCGUUGCCAGAGUGGCAGCCAUUUCACACCGACGACGAAGGUGAAUAUGCCGAGGAGAGCGCUGGUGGCCCCACAUCCCAUUCUAUGGGAAGUGCCACUAGCUUGCCUCAACGGGAGCCUGGCAGUGGUCGUACGGAAACGCCAGUAGACUCGGCAUCAGGCCAGCGAUCGAACGGCAAGGCCAAAACGAAAAAGCGCAAAAAGAAGCGCAAAUGUCCAGAUAUGGUACUACACGACGAAGAUGCUAGCAAGCAUGCAGUUCAGGCGAAGCGACAGAGCGUUGCCACGUCGCCGGCACAAUUACAACUCCAGGGAGCGGAACUACCGGCCAAGGCAUAUCAAGACAAUGAAGUGCACCACCACCCCACCCCACUAAACGAAGGAGCUACCCCUGGAACUGGCUCACAUUCACAACCAUCCCCUCUGGACCCGACUGUAGCUCCAGCAAUCGCCGCCCUCGCUACGCAGAAGUCCAUCCACAAACCUGCUUCUGAUAUAUCUGGUACACCUGUGACUACUGCACCCACAUCAUCAGCUGCCCCUCCAGUUUCUACUACUCCGAUGACCCCAACAACCAAGUCCACGGUGCUGCCAAGACGCCUCCACGGGUCCCAGCUGCUAACCCACCCCGUCAAGUUGCCGCUGAUAUCGACCCAUGCUCUACGGAUAGCACGCCAGCUCCUCCAGUACAAUCCACGACCGCUCCUUCUCCAACUGCCAAGCCGUAAAAAGGUCAGCUUUCACGCGUCGACAAAGGCAACGCCGUCGCCCUUCCCAGUCAUCCCAGUCGCCACCGCUUGUCCUGCCAACAUCUCCAAGCUGCUAGCCGAGAGUCGCGCCACGAAACCGUGGCUCCAGUACACGAAACUGAGCUCGUUUUUACCUGAAAACGACCGCCGCGACCCGACCCCCCACGAUGUCGCAGUUCGCACGUUUAACGCGACACUGCGCGAGUUUUGGGCUACGUCGGCGGCGUUGCUGUGGGAGUGUCGAUUUAGCUGGCAGCCAGAUCCAGACACGUUGAAUCAAGUGGGGGACGCCGUCGUGCUAUUGGUGGGCCAGUUGUGGCUGUUGAUAGCCCGAUCCGCCUACAACUCGGACCAAGGGAACAGGCUGGUCGAGUUUCUCAGUGGGUUCCCCCAUCCAGCGUGGCCUGUGAUGACAGCAACGUUCAUGCCGUUGAAAGCGAUGCACGCCAUCCUACCCCCCAUCCCACAGCUGCCCCCUCCCCCCUCCUCCAAGAAGGCAUCGCCCAAAACGAGACCGACCGACCGCAUUAUCAGCAUGGACGAGCAGCUCCAGUGGGCACUGGGCACUACAUUUGCCUACGUGGCAAACCGAAAGCUGACGCCGCCGGUGGUCGCCAAGCUGGCGGACCUGGGGCUUCGAGACCCGGCGGUGGAGUUUCGGCGCAUGGCAGAGGUGGCGUGGACGUUCGUCAAGCUAAAGUGCCCCUUCCCCCACGAGCCGUACCCGUUUGUGUCGGUCGUGGUCGCAGACGACCCCGUGGGAUGGCAGUGGUCACACGGGCUAUACCCGCCACGGACCAUGUACACCAAGCGCAUACCAUCACUUCGCAAUGCUACAACUACUACUGCUGCUGCUGCUAGUAGUAGUAGUAGUAGUACUACUACUACUACUACUCGACACGAACCACCAGCAGGAAUGGACAAAGCCAGACGCUUGCUCCAAGGACUUCUGGAUGACAUUAGCACCGAUUGUGGGACCAACCAUGGUGACCAUGAUGACGACAGUGGUGACAACGAUAGUGACAACGGUAGUGACGACAGUGGUGACGACGGUAGUGACGACAGUGGUGAUGGGAGUGGUGACAACGAUAGUGACGACAGUGGUGACGACAGUGGUGAAGGGAGUGAAGUAGUUCAGAUCCAGGACGUGCAUGCGCCAUUCGUUUGUGGUCAAGACGGCGGCAGCAGACGAACCGCGAUUGAUGUCGCGAGUUCGUCCGACGACAGUCAAGACUAG